AUUUCUGCAGUUCAGCCUGUCUUGUAAUUCAUUCGGGAAAAUUGAAACUACGCGAUUACAAAAAAAAUUUAAUUGCUUUUCCUUUUUGUUAAACACAUAAACAAGUAUGGGAAAAUCAAAGAGAACGAUGAAUCCAGCGGACGCCUUGCGUAAAAAACAACGCAAGCGCGAACUACAAAAAAACAAAGAAGAUCGUAAACGUGUUCGAGAGUCAGCACUUGCAAAGAAAGAUAUUGGCAAAGUUCGACAGGAUAUUGCAAGACUUGAGCAUUUAGUUAGAUUAGGUCAAUUGGAUAAAGCUGGUCAAGCACGUCUAGAAGGCUUAAGAGCAGAAGCUACCAAGAUCGAAAAAGUCAAAAAGGCUACCGAAUUGACAGGUGCUCAAGCAGCUUAUGCUGCUCGUAUACAAGAGCAUGAUAAAAAGCAUGAAAAUGAUGUUAGGAGGCUAGUUUAUGAUCCAAAACGUGGUGCUUUUGUUCCUGCAAAGAAAAAAGAGUCAAAAAAGAUAACAACAGGAGAUGAUGAAGAGGAUGAAGAUUCAUCAAGUGAUAGCUCAGAAUCAGAUUCAGAUGAUAGUGAUUCUAGUAUGGAAGACAGUGAUGAAGAAGACGACAACGAAGAAGAAGAGGAAGAAGAAGAUGUCCCAAUGCCCAAAGAACAGCAUAAAGUAUUAACAGAAUCAGACGAUGAAUAUGAAAUCCCACUUCCUCCAGGUCCACCACCUCAAAGGCCCUUUGAUAAUCAAUUAGCACCUUUACAAAAUAGAUUGCCAGCUCCACCCCCACCCCCACCAGGCCCACCACCAUUUCGAGGACCUUAUCCAGUACAUCAAGGACAGAAUAGAAUGCAGCCACCACCACCACCUCCCAUUCCUCAUGGGUUUGUUCGUCCUCCUGUCUAUAACAGUCGAAUGCAACCGCCUCCACCACCUCCACCCACGAUAACAUACCAAAGGCCACCACCAUCACCUGCAGCAUUCUCAGCACCUGUACACUAUGAAGCCAAACCUAAAGCAGUUGAAGUGGCACCUACUAUCUCUGCCGAACCUCAAUUACGUGACCUUCAAAAAGAAUUACUUGGAUUUGUUCCUGCUGCUAUUCGACGCAAACAAGCCAAGAAACUACCGAAAGAAUAAAAUUCGAAUUUGUUUGUUAUACAAAAAAAAAAAAAAAA